AUGAGGCCUCACAGCGGGUGAAACUAUGCUCGUCUGUAGCCGGUAUAUAUUAUUAUUGUGUAUAUGUUUUGGUUAAUUUAUUUUUUUUCAUAUUCAAUUUUCAUAAACAACCUAUAUUUUAUCGAUAUAAAUUUUUACAACGUGAGUUAAUACUGUUUAAUCCAUUUAAUUAUGGUCUAAUACUCCAAAAGAUAAUAAAAAAAAAAAUCAUUUUAAUUUUAUCGUGAAUUGUUUGUUUCUUUUCAAUUUAAAAUAAUAAAUUUAAUCUAAUAAAAUGUAAUUUUUUAUUUGUGCUAAGUUUUGUUAAAGUGUAGUUUAAAAAUUAAAUUAUAAUUUUUGAAAAAAAAUAUAAAAAAACACACCCCUUUAUCGGUCGGUAACAUCAACAACGGGUGCCAACUUUUUUAAGCCGUUCUUUGAAACGCAUAAAAUAAUAUAAAUUAAUAAAAUUUAUUAACGUGAAGUGAUUGUUGUAUUAUUUAAUAUAAUAAAAUACACAAAGAUUUUUAUUGUGUUAUUUAAUUUAUGCUUUAAUUUUAAAACUGGAGCAAUAAAUUAUAUCAAAUCAUUUGAAAAAAAAAAAAAAAAAUUUUAGUGACAACGAAUAUUGUGACACAGAAGAAACCGGUGGUUUUUUUUUUAGUUUAAUUUUUUUUUAUUUAUUUAUUUUUAUACUCCAAAGUGUGAUUAUUAUUAUUAUUUAAUUAUAAUUAUUUUUUGUGGUGUUAAACGAAAUUCUGUUAUAAAAAAAAAAAAAAAAGUGAAAAAAAAAAGUUUUAUUUAAAUUUAUUUUUCAUAAUUAAAAUAAAUUGUUAUUAUUAUUUAAUUAUUAAUACCAAACGUUGGUAUUUUAAACACGUUGGAUUUAUGUUUUAAUUUAAUUUUUUGUCACGGAUUAACAAGUACUUGAAAUUGAAAGAAGAAAAAAAAAAGAAGAAAAAAAAAAAAAGCGUAAUAAUAAGAGCCUACUUACAAGGACUUUGGGAAAUUGUGUGGAAUAUUUUCGAUGGCUUCCGGUGACAUCCGGUGAUAAUUUUCAACACCUUCUCAAAUUUAAACUGUAAUUCAACGAGAGAAUGUGAAGAGAGCCUUGAACGAAAAAAUUUAUGUGAAGAAAAAAAAAAAAAGAAAUGAAAUUUUUUUUAAUCAUUGAAUCAUCACUUGGAAUACUGGAUUUUUGUAAAAUUAAUAAACUGGAUAAAUAUUGUCCAGAUAGAGAUGGAACGUUUGAGUCAUCUUGAGUACCAUCAAAAAAUAUUAUAUCAGAUAUCAAGUAUUCUGGGUGGUCGGAAGUUGGUGAAAACUGAGUGGAGUUGGACUGUCAAGGCUGAUCACCACGUUAAAUCGACGUGGAGAACAGUAAAACCUUUACAAAUGAACUUUGUCUGUAAAACUUUUGUCUAACAUUUCAACUAUAUAUAUACUUUAAAGUCAAAAAGGAAAAACGUCUUUUAAAGUGUGUGUGUAUAUAUAUUAAGUAAGAAAUUGUAUGACAAGUAGUUGAAACUAAAACUUAACUUUGAAUUUAAAGUUUUUUUUUUAUGAAAAGGUAGUAAGUAAAAGUACUUGUGUGAACGGAAAAAACCGUCAUCUGGCCAAGUUUACAUCUACCAAAGAAAUAUCAACAAGAUACAGUAUCAAAAAAUAAAAUUGAGAUUUAAAAUUUCACAUACUGCCACAAAUAAACAAAACAAAAAGCAUUUAAUGCUAAUAAUUUGCAGUCUCUGUAUUUCUUUAAAUCAAUAAGAAAAAGAACAAACGUGUUAACGUAUAAAAAAUAAAAAAAAUAAAGAAAGUAGGUAAAAGAGAUUUUGAAGAAGCCUCAGAUAAACUUAAUCCCAAUAAGAAAAAAAAAAAAAAAAACAAAUUGGAAAAAAAAAAUCCAGAGCCAUUGAAGAAAGAAAAAGUUGAGAUUAUUUUUAUUUUUUUUUUUUUGAUAUAAGAUUUCCAAUUUUCCUCUUAUAAUAAAAGUGUCCUUAAUCCAAUCAUCAAGCAUAUUCCAGUUUGAAAAAAAAGUAAAAAUUAAAUAAUUAAUAAAAUGGCACUAAGGAUGGGUUUGAUUAUGGCAAUAUUAUGCUCAACACUAGUUGAAGGUACAAGUAAUGGAGGUGAAAGUGGACCAAAUAGUCCAGUAUUUAAUCUUGAUCAUACAGCACUUGAAAAAAAUAUUGCAGCAAUAUUUAAUAAAGUUGCACAUAGUUCAGCAACAACAAAACGUAGUGUACCAGCAUAUGAAGCACAAGUAUCAGCAUCAACAACAUUAUCAACAAUACCAUCACCAUUAACAACAUCAACAACAACAACAACACCAUCAUCAACACCCCCAUCAUCAUCUUCAUCAUCAUAUUCAUUAUUUUCAUCAUUAACAUCUUUACCUGCAUCACCAUCAUCACCACAAUCAUUACCACCAUCAAGAAAUAUACCAAUACCACGUGUUACAGUAUCACCAACAUAUCGUGAAUUACCAUCAUAUGCACCACCAUCAAGAGCACCAUUUACACCACCAUUACCACCAGAAUAUCUUAAUCCAUUUGCUGAUAAACCAACAUUACGUGGUACAAAUUAUGAAACAUCACAUACUGGUGUAAGACGUCCAAUACCACCACCAAGUUUAACACCAGCACAUGAAAGAAUACCAAUAAGACCACCAGAUUUAAUACAUGAUCCAAUACAAGAUACAGAUAAAUUUCCACCAGGUUAUUCAUCAAAUUUAGAUGGUUCAAUUGGUUAUAAUAAUAAUAAUAAAAAUAAUAUACCAAUUAUAAAUAAUAAUAAUAAUAAUAAUAAAGAUGAUCGUGAUAAUGAUUCAUCUGAUUAUAAUAAUGAUAGAAAAAUUAGUAGUAAUAAUAAUGAUUUUGUACCAACGCUACAUUAUCCAAGUAUUUCACGUAUUUUAUCUGGUAGUAAUGGAAGAAAACAAGAUAUACCAGAAAUAUUAUUAAAACCAUUGUCAACAAAAAUGCCUGUAUCAAAUGGUGGAAGUAAUAUACCAGCAUUAUCAACAACUGAAAAAUUAACAACAAUGUCAAAUGAAAUGAAAACAACAGUUUCAAGUAUUGGACAUUCAACAUAUCCAACAAUAUUUAAUUUACCAAAUACAAGAAGAAAACAAAAUGGCAGAGAUGAUGAUGAUGAUAAUGAUGAUGAUAAUAAUAAUGAUAGAAGAAGAAGUAAUUCACGUGAAAGUGGACAUAUAAAAACUGAAGAAAUUGAAAUAGUUGAUGCUGAAAGAUUACCAUAUCCACAAGCACAACCACCAUCACCAUCAAAAAGACCAAAUGAAUUAUCAACAAGAAAAAUAAUAUCAAAUCCAGAAAAACAUCCACUUGAAUCAACAUGGAGAAUAGCAUGGUGUUUACAUGUUUAUAUUGCAGCAACAAUGUUUACAAUAAUGGCAUUAUAUUCAAUAUAUAAAAUAGUACGUUUUAAUGAAUCAAAUAAUUUAUUAACACAAUCAUAUUUUUUAACAGUACAUUUACUAUUAACAACAGUAUGUACAUUACGUUGUUUUCAUUUAUUUUAUGAUGCAUAUAAUCUUGGUCAUUCAUUAUCAGAACCAGUAUCACAAGUAUUAUUAUAUUUACCAGCACCAUUAUUAUCAACAGCAUUUGCAACAUUAUUUUUAUAUCUUGCAAAAUGUUCUGGUGCACCAGCAUUAAAUACAAAAUUAUUAUCACCAAUGAGUAUAACAUUAUGUUCAAUAAUACAUAUAACAAUGUGUAUGAGUCUUCAUAUAUCUGAUUAUAUUAUACGUAAUCCAAAUGAUGAAAAACCAACUAAAUUAUUACCACUUAUUUGUCAAUGUAUUUAUAUUGUAAUAUGUGUUAGUCUUGGUUUAUUUUAUAUGUAUGUUUAUCGUGUUGUACGUACACAAAUUAAUUUAAUAACUAAAAAAACAAUUGGUCCAAAUGUCGGUAAUGAUCCAACAACAAUUGCUCUUAAUAGUGCAAUAACAACAACAAUUGCAACAGCAUUAUUAUUUAUUGUUAUGGGAUUUUUACAAUUAUAUGGUAUAUUUGGUAUACAAGAAAAAUUUAAACAACCAUAUCCAUGGUUAUGGUGGGGUUGGCAAUUUUCAGUAAGAUUAUUAGAACUAUCAAUAUGUGGUCUAUUAGCAUGGGUUGCUAGUUUAUCACAAUAUCCAUUACGUGAAAAACAAAUGCAACAACAUUCAGCACAUUCUGGUUUUGCAUUAUUUCCAUGUGGUAGUUCAACAUCAACUGAAAAUAUGGAUGAUGUAUUAUAUCCAGCAAUAUGUAGUACAAAUCAAGCAAUACAAAAUUAUACAUUACGAACUGGUAAACAAGUUUAUGAUGAUAGUUUUCCAUUAAAUACAUUACCUGAUCAUUUAAAUAUAACUGGUACAUUUGAACGUCAUUCAAUACGUAAAUCUGGUACAAUGGCACAUUUUCCAUCAUCACAUAGUGCCAAUAAUGGUGGUGGUGGUGGUAAUCCAGCUAUAAAUAAUAUUAAUAAUAUUGUUAUUGGUGAAGGUAGAGGUUCAUUAAAUCGUCAUGGUAAUGGUAUACAAACAAUGAGAGGUUCUGAUACAAGACAUUCAACAAGACAUAUGCCUGAAACAAUGCCAAUAGCAAGUGGUACAACUGGAUCAACAAUGCUUGUUGCUGAAGAUGGUUUUGUUAGAUUUCGUAGUAUUGGAGCUGAGGAUGAUGAUUUUAGUGAUAGUCAAAGUAUUGUUGGUACACAUGGUAGAGGUGGUACUACUGGUUCUUUAUCUGGUAGUGUUAGAUAUUCAACAAGACAUCAAAAUUCAUCAUCAUCACAACAACAACAUCAUCAUCAUCAACAACAACAGCAUCAUCAACAUCAACAACAUCAACAUCCACAUCAGUAUCAACAUCCACAUACGUUACAACAUUCACAUUUAACACAAAGUCAUCAUCAAGGACAUCAUCAAAGUCAUCAUCAGCUUUAUAAUAAUACGUAGAAAAUGCCUCAAAUGGCAUGCGUCAAAUGGCGUUCGCCAAAACCAAUUUUAAAAAAGCUUUUUCCUUCUACAAGGCAUGUAAUUGUUAAAACUGAGUAUGGAAAUCCGAGAGUGUGCUCUCUGUCUACUCGACGUUGCACAUCCGAGGAGAUAAUUUAAUUCAACGCUAAUAAGUGUAAAAUAUGAUCCAUCCUAUUGUAUAGAAAAAAAGAAAAUUAAAAAUUAAAGAUAAUGAAAAAUAAAAAAGAAAAAGAGAUAAAUGAAAAGAUGAAAAUAUGAGAGAAAUUUUUUCGAAAUAUUAUUCUCACUCUUUCUCAAUUUAAUUCAUCAUGAAACAAUUGUAUUAUUAAACUGGAAAAAAGUGAAAAUAUUUUCAUUUAUCAUGGAAAUAAAAUGAAAAUAUUUUAGGUCAUUUAUAAAUAAAAUAAAAAAUAUUGUACCUUUCGCUAGAAAAAAAAAAAAAUAUAUUUGUGUUAAUAUUGCAUCGGUGUAAUUUAAAAUGUCAUUCAAAUUAUAAAAUUAAUUUUUCAUAAAAUCAAUACGACAAUUUGAUUUAUUAAUUUCAUUUGUUCUUUUUUAUUUUUUUUUUAAAUUUAUCUUUAAUUUUAAUUUGUACAUGAACGAGUCAUUGAGAAAAAGAAAAACGAAAUAAAUUGACAAAAUGAAUGAUAGAAAAUACAGUGUAUUUUCAAAUUGUCAAUAGACGUGGUUUUUUCUUUUUUUCAGUUAAUAUAUUAUUAACUUAAAUAAAUAUAUAUAUAUAUGGAAAGAAAGAUAAUAUUUAAUUAUUAUAAAAUUUGUACAGUCGAUAUAAAAUUAUCAUUCAGUCUUAUCAUCUUGGUGAAGACACUAGCAACUAGUUCGUAAAAUAAAAAAGCUAAAUUAAUAAAUGAAAUUUAAAUGAAAAAAAAAAA